CGCAUUCGACGCACGCCAGAGCCGCAGAGGACAGACGCGAUUGGUGCGGAAGAGGACGCUGGCGUGAUUCCGCGAUACUCGGGCACAGCGGCGGAGCAACGGGAGCCUCGCUUGCAACACCACGGGCACAUGUUUUUUUAAGCCGUCUAUUCGUAGGGAAACAGGAAGGCGUUGCUAAACCCUCGACCCGAAGCCGCAAGGUUGAUAUGAGUUAUUAGUACGCGGUCUCACAGGAAACCCAGCGGGAGACACCCGGCGAACUCCAGCGGACCCCGAGGAGCCCUCCGGUUAGCCCGCGUUAGCCUGUUAGCUGUCCGGUAGCUCGGGAGGAGCCGCUAUUUCGCGCACUCUUGGCCGGGCACCUGCGCGACUCGCCGCCGCGUGUUGGAGCUAGUUAUCCGGUGACGGUCCUUACCGCGGGGUCUCGCUCUGCUAGUUGAAUCACUUGGUGUUAGUCCCCGGUGGUGACACCAACAAGGGGGAGAAAAGGAGAAGGAGGGGAGAGAGGUUGCGGUUUGGGACCAGCCGGGGCGACGCAAGCGUUCAUCAUGGACAACGGACACACGAAGACGGUCGAAGAAGUUUACAGCUUUUUCAACGUGAACGAAAGCACUGGUCUGAGUUCAGAGGAGGUGAAGAAACAACGGGAACGAUACGGACCGAACGAACUGCCAGCUGAGGAGGGUAAAUCCCUUUGGGAGCUGGUGGUUGAACAGUUUGAAGACUUGCUUGUGAGGAUCCUUUUACUUGCCGCCUGCAUAUCCUUUGUGCUGGCCUGGUUUGAAGAGGGAGAAGAAACCGUCACAGCCUUCGUGGAGCCGUUUGUUAUCCUGCUUAUUCUCAUAGCCAAUGCCAUUGUUGGCGUCUGGCAGGAGCGAAAUGCUGAAAAUGCCAUCGAGGCGCUCAAGGAAUACGAGCCCGAGAUUGCCAAGGUGUACCGCCAGGACCGGAAAAGUGUCCAGCGGAUCAAGGCCAGGGACAUUGUGCCCGGGGACAUCGUGGAAGUGGCAGUCGGUGAUAAAGUGCCUGCAGACAUCAGGCUUACCUCCAUCAAGUCGACAACGCUGAGGGUAGACCAAUCCAUCCUCACAGGAGAGUCUGUGUCUGUGAUCAAACACACUGACCCUGUGCCUGACCCUCGUGCUGUCAACCAGGACAAGAAGAACAUGCUCUUCUCUGGCACCAACAUUGCAGCUGGUAGGGCUGUUGGUGUGGUCGUGGCCACGGCCGGCAAUACAGAGAUCGGCAAAAUCCGAGAUGAGAUGGCGGCGACGGAGCAGGAGCGCACCCCACUGCAGCAGAAGCUGGAUGAGUUCGGACAGCAACUGUCCAAGGUCAUCACGCUGAUCUGCAUUGCUGUGUGGAUCAUCAACAUCGGACAUUUCAAUGAUCCCGUCCACGGAGGCUCCUGGAUCCGAGGUGCCGUCUACUACUUCAAGAUCGCCGUGGCGCUGGCGGUUGCUGCCAUCCCCGAGGGUCUGCCUGCUGUCAUCACGACCUGCCUAGCUCUGGGAACGCGCCGCAUGGCCAAGAAGAAUGCCAUUGUCCGCAGUUUGCCGUCUGUGGAGACCCUCGGCUGCACAUCUGUCAUCUGCUCUGACAAGACCGGCACGCUCACCACCAAUCAGAUGUCCGUGUGCAGGAUGUUUAUCAUUGAUCAGGCAGAGGGCAAUCAUUGUUCAUUAAAGGACUUCACUAUUACCGGCUCCACAUAUGCCCCCGAUGGAGAAGUGUUCCAUCAAGGCAAGCCAGUCAAAUGUUCCCAGUACGAUGCUUUGGUGGAGCUGGCCUCUAUCUGUGCUCUCUGUAAUGAUUCCUCAUUGGACUUUAACGAGACCAAAGGUGUGUUUGAGAAGGUGGGUGAAGCCACAGAGACGGCUCUCACAUGCCUGGUGGAGAAGAUGAACGUGUUUGAUACGGAUGUUAAAGGCCUGUCCAAGAUCGAAAGAGCCAACGCCUGUAAUUCAGUGAUCAAGCAGCUGAUGAAGAAAGAGUUUACUUUGGAAUUUUCCAGAGACAGGAAGUCCAUGUCUGUGUACUGCACCGCUAACAAGGCCCGGUCCUCAGUUGGCAAGAUGUUCGUUAAGGGUGCCCCGGAGGGAGUGAUUGACAGGUGCACACACGUCCGUCUGGGCAGUACCAAGGUGCCCAUGACCCCCGGCAUCAAGGAGAAACUGAUGUCUGUGAUCAGGGAAUAUGGAACUGGCAGGGACACGCUGCGCUGUCUGGCUCUCGCCACCCGAGACCACCGCAUGGUCAAAGAGGAGCUGAAGUUGGAGGACAGCGCCCGCUUCGUUGAAUAUGAGACUGAUCUGACAUUUGUUGGCUGUGUGGGCAUGCUGGAUCCUCCCAGGGCAGAGGUGGCGGCCUCCAUUAGACUCUGCCGCCUUGCAGGCAUCCGAGUGAUCAUGAUCACUGGAGACAACAAGGGGACGGCCGUGGCGAUCUGCAGGCGCAUUGGGAUUUUCGGAGAGAAUGACGAUGUUUCCAGCAUGGCGUUCACAGGCCGAGAGUUUGAUGAUCUGUCGCCCGCUGCGCAAAGAGACGCUGUGGUCAAGGCCCGCUGCUAUGCGCGCGUUGAGCCUUCGCAUAAAUCAAAGAUCAUCGAGUACCUGCAGUCCUAUGAUGAGAUCACAGCGAUGACUGGUGACGGAGUGAACGACGCCCCCGCUCUGAAGAAGGCUGAAAUCGGCAUCGCCAUGGGCUCGGGCACAGCUGUGGCCAAGAGCGCCUCGGAGAUGGUGCUGGCCGACGACAACUUUUCCACCAUUGUCGCUGCGGUCGAGGAAGGCAGAGCCAUUUAUAACAACAUGAAACAGUUCAUCAGAUACCUCAUCUCCUCCAAUGUGGGCGAAGUUGUCUGCAUCUUCCUGACUGCGGCCCUGGGGUUCCCCGAAGCCCUCAUCCCCGUCCAGCUGCUGUGGGUUAACCUGGUGACGGACGGUUUGCCGGCCACCGCUUUGGGCUUCAACCCACCGGACCUGGACAUCAUGAGCAAGCCGCCGCGCAACGCCCGCGAGCCCCUCAUCUCCGGGUGGCUCUUCUUCAGAUACCUCGCCAUCGGAUGUUACGUUGGUGCUGCUACUGUCGGUGCCGCUUCCUGGUGGUUUGUUGCUGCUGAGGAUGGUCCGAGGAUCACGUUCUACCAGCUGAGACACUUCCUGCAGUGUGGCCCAGAGAACCCCGACUUCACGGACCUGGACUGUAAGGUGUUUGAGUCCCCUUACCCGAUGACCAUGGCCUUGUCUGUGCUGGUCACCAUUGAGAUGUGCAAUGCCCUAAACAGCGUGUCGGAGAACCAGUCCCUGCUGAGGAUGCCUCCCUGGGAGAACGUGUGGCUGCUGGGGGCGAUCUGCCUCUCCAUGUCCCUUCACUUCCUGAUCCUCUAUGUGGAGCCCCUCCCAAUCAUCUUCCAGAUCACCCCGCUAAAUCUGACGCAGUGGCUGAUGGUGCUCAAGAUGUCCCUGCCUGUCAUUCUACUAGACGAGAUCCUAAAGUUUGCCUCCAGGAACUACCUGGAGCCCGGUAAACAACUGGAGAAGCCCGACGGCAGCAAAGGCUGCCGCCUGUCUGCAUGCAUGGAGGGCGUCUCCUGGCCCUUCGUGGCCGUGUCCCUCCCCCUGGUCCUCUGGAUCUACAGCACCGACACUAACAUGGCCGACAUGUUCUGGUCCUGACUGACUUGAGCACAACAUCCCCCCACUCCCCCCCCCCCCCCCACCGCCAUCACCUCCCUCUGUCCUCUCCUUCUUCCCCCUCUUCCUUUCCUUUGUGUGCGUAGCUUGCGAGUGUGCGUGGUCGUAGAGUUAGUGUGUGUACUUGUGCGUGCCUACCGCGUGUGUGUGUGUGUGCGCGUGUACAAGAAGGACCAACACAUGAAUUGAACAAAUGAUAUGAAAUGUCAGCAUUGAGAAGUCACCUGUUUUGAGUUUGAAUCAGAUUUUUUUUAACGAGUGAGGUUUAGAAGGUCGUCACUCCCGUAACUGUGGACUUUCUUGUGGGUAUGAAAGGAAAUAUACUGUUGCCAGUUAUUUUUAUUUAAUUAUUAUUGUCGAUAUUGCCUUCAAGGUUUAUAGUUUUGGGAACAUCAGUUGUCAUGUCACAACGCUAACAACGGCAAAUUCUUUGGUUUAGCUUCCUGCUUCACGAUCAGAUCAUUAAGAGAUCAGAAACCCAUUGAUCUGUGCAGAGAUUGAAUUUUAUGCAACUUCGUCUCUUAUUUUUUAAAUGGCUUCGUCAAUUGUUUGACCAGUGUGGCUUAGAGACACCGCCUUCAUUUAUUUUUUUUCAUGUUAACCAUUGUGUCUUUAGUAUAAACUUAUUUCAGAGAGGACGUGCUCCGUGUGGCGGACGAGGACGGGGAAAGGUUUGGGAGUGAGCGUUUGCGUUAAACAAACACAAACACAAAAAAUAUCUAAACAAAAGCCGCAUGUCCUGUGACCAAGCAUGAACUGUGUGUGGUUUCUCAUUGCUAAUUUAAUUGUGAUUGUCCCUCCCCCCUUUUCUUGAGUAUACAUUCACUUCAUGGAUGUUUUUGUUUUUUUACUAUAAUGAUUUGAAAACAAACCAGUUUUUCUGCACUGGGCAGAGCACAGCUACCUCAAUAUGAUUAAAAAAAAAAAAUCAAUUUUUUCCUCAUCUCUGGAUAAGUUUCCUGAACGUUCUUGCUAAAGCGUAACAUCUGAGGUGUGCCCCUAUUUACAUGUGCAGAAAACGAGAACAAAGUAUUCCUUUUCUCUAAUAUUUCUAAGGAUAUAUUUUGUUUGUAUUGAUUAUUGAAUUUCAUUGACUUUAUUUGUGUUUUGCUUUGGAGAAAGAACUAAGCGGGUAGGAUGUAUGUUCAUUACCAUCUCCAUGUCGUUUGAUUCAAAGGACCGUUAUAAUAAAAUCCUGAAAAAGAAAUACCAAUGCAAAGCGUACUCCAAAUGCAUUUGGAUUGCAAAUAAGAGCCCAAAAUGUUUUUGUUUUUUUACUUCCAAAGAAAAUACACUCAUAAACCCUUUGAAUCAAAACGCUUUCUGUCUUUUUUUAAUAUGAUUAAUGCCGCUGGAUAUGAAGAUUACUCAAACCCAACGUUUCUUUCCUAUGUGCGUAUAACACUUGAAUACAAAUCAUCUGACACACAAAUGCUCUGGCGUCCUCUUCCCAACGUGACGCACACGAGCGAUCUAGUGCACAUUUGACUCCUUUGGGCUUUAAUAGUUGGAGCUCUUGGUUUGUGCUGGACUCGUCAUAUGUCCAAAGGGAGUCCAUGACGUCAACUCUGCUGGUCUCGGACCCAUUGAGCUUUUUUCGUGUGAAGUUAGAAAUCGACAGCAUGUUUUCGGGGUAGAAGCCUGGGCCUGUUUGUGUUGUGUGUUUGUGUUCCACUUAACAACAACAACUGUGUGUUUUUCUUCCUCAAUGCCUUCCAUCGGCUCCCCUGUCACUAGAGUUUGCUUUCAUAAAAGCGCCGCAAAUUUUAAAGAGGGGGCUCCGAGGCUGCAGUUGUCUACUGUGCAGCAUGUGUGCCCACUCAUAACUUCACACCUCCAGAUACCAUGAUGACCAGCAGUGAGUGUACCCUCGCACAGACAAAAGGAAAAUAAGUGGCGGGGGCACGUUUCCACAGCAAUGGUAAAGGCCAAAUACAAAAGGGUGAAAUUAAAAGUGGUUGGGUUGGAAAUACACUUCCCUUUUGACCCGUGUGCCACUAAGACACCUUUUAACAGACGUAUACCUCUGUGUGCAGAUGCUUUAUCUAUGUGACAAUAUUCCAGUUUUGUGUGCAGGGAAAGUUUUCAACACCCUCAACGUUCCUUCUUGCAUGAAGAUCUUGUUUCCGACUUCCAUGGUAGCCUGUCCGCGUAGAGUCUUUCAUCUUUAACAACUGGGUAGAAUGGUCUUAGCUGUACAUUAGUGUACAGAACAUUCAUGCAUGCAUUCCAGCUGUAUGUAGGCUUUGCAAUUUGUAUUUAUAGAUUCUAAUGUAUAAUACUUAAAUGACAUAUAGAUGUUUUUAACGGGGAUAUAUCAUAGAUAUGUAAACCACUGUUUUUAAUGUAACGGUUUGAGUAAUUUGCACAAAAUUAGACAUGGAGAGAUGACUCAUGCUGAACUUGACUGCUCUACUUACUUUUUUUUUUUACUUUAAUUUUUACUCUUUGACAACUACUGUGGGCCGAUCAGCGAUCCAUUUACUUUCUAGCGAAGAGGGAAACCGACACUUUGAUUCAUUGGUAGUCCUGCAAUACAACAGUGUUGUCAUUUUUGUCUUUGCAUUAUUAUUGUUAUAUAUCUAUAUCAACUGCUGUAAAACUGUGAUCCAAUGUGAGGAGGCCCAAUGCUGGCCCCCCUCAGCAACACCUGAUUGAAGAACAAUAACAUGUAAUAAAUGAUCGGUAUUGAUGACUAAUAAUGGUUGUACAUGCAUAACUGGGGUUUUGGUUUCAGGUAAAUAAAUUAAAAAAAAAUAGUAUUUGAAUUGUG